CCGUCCGGGGAGCGCGAGCCCGUGGCUGGCGCGCAACGCAUGGUGGCGGCUCCUCUCGGAGCGCAGGCGACCCGCUGACCCGGGGCUUGGUUUCUCCCCUGCCCGGCGCGCCCCGGCGGCCGGCUGGAGGCAGAAACAGCAGCAGCCGAAGCAGCAGCGGAGGAGGAGGAGGAGGAGGAGGCGGCGGCUGCUGCGGCUGCUGUGCCGCCGCCGUCUCCGCGGGAGCAUGGAGUGCGCCCUGGACGCCCAGAACCUCAUCAGCAUUUCCCUGCGCAAGAUCCACAGCUCCCGGACCCAGCGCGGCGGCAUCAAGCUGCACAAGAACCUCCUGGUGUCCUACGUGCUCCGCAACGCGCGCCAGCUCUACCUGAGCGAGCGCUACGCCGAGCUCUACCGGCGCCAGCAGCAGCAGCAGCCGCCCCACCACCACCAGCAGCCCCAGCACCUCGCGUACGCGGCAGCGCCCGGCAUGCCCAUCAGCGCGGCCGACUUCGGCCCGCUCCAACUUGGCGGGGACACGGAGGCGCGCGAGCCGGCAGCCCGGCACCAGCUGCCCCAGCUCCACCAGCUGCACCUCCAGCAGCAGCUGCACCAGCACCAGCACCCGGCGCCCAGGGGCUGCGCGGCGGCGGCGGCCGGGGCGCCGGCGGGCGGCGCGGGGGCGCUCUCGGAGCUGCCCGGGGGCGCCGCCGCGCUCCAGCCGCCGCACGGCGCGCCCCACCGCGGGCAGCCUUUGGAGCCGCUGUCGCCGGCGACUGCGCCGCUGUCGCUCCCGGCGCCCGCGCCCUCCGCGCUCUGUCCGCGGGACCCUCGCGCCUCGGCCGCCUGCUCCGCGCCCUCCGCGCCCCCAGGGGCUGCCCCUCCGGCUGCCGUCGCCGUCGCUGCUUCCCCGGCCCCCGCUGCGGCCCCGGCCCCCGCCGCCUCCUCGCCUGGCUUCUACCGGGGCGCGUACCCGUCCCCCUCGGACUUCAGCGGGCACUGCAGCAGCCAGACCACCGUUCUAGACCUGGACACUCACGUGGUGACGACGGUGGAGAACGGCUACUUACACCAGGACUGUUGCGCCUCCGCCCACUGCCCCUGCUGCGGCCAGGGCGCUCCGGGACCGGGCCUGGCGUCCGCCUCCGGCUGCAAGCGCAAGUACUACCCGGGCCAAGAGGAGGAGGACGACGACGACGACGACGACGCGGGCGAGCUGGGGGCCGAGCCCCCCGGGGGCCCCCCGUUCGCCCCCUGCAAGCGCGCCCGCUUCGAGGACUUCUGCCCGGACUCGACCCCGGACGCGUCCAACAUCUCAAACUUGAUCUCCAUCUUUGGCUCGGGCUUCUCCGGGCUGGUGAGCCGACAGCCGGACUCGUCCUCCGAGCAGCAGCCGCCGCCGCUCAACGGGCAGCUGUGCGCCAAGCAGGCGCUCGCCAACCUCGGCGCCUGGACUCGAGCCAUUGUCGCCUUCUAGGGACCCCCGAGGGCACGGGGACCCGGGGCUCCCCCCACGGGGCCGGGGACAAAGACUCAACGGCCCAGGGACGAGAGGAGGAAAGCGAGCGGGCGCCCGGCUCCCCGGGGCAGAGCUGGG